AUGUGUCAAGAUAAAAAAGAUACAUUCCAGUCGGAGAGACUUUUUCGUAUAGCUUCCAACGCUUUGGAUAAUUUGGACUUUAUGAUCAAGAUUCUAUUAAAAGAGAUUGAUGGUCCAUCUAUACCAGAAGAAGUUUGUAUUGCCCUUGGAGGUACUCCAGUUACAUGUAAAGAAGUUUAUAGGCUUCUCUUGCCAAAUAUGUGUCAUAAACCACAGUGCCAUUCUCCAUGCAUAGCAUCUGAUCAGAAAAUUCAUAGGAGUGUUUUUAAGACGUUAGUGACAUCAGAUGUGUUGAGCAAAGUGCUUUAUAAUACAUUACCACCAACAAACCUGUACGUUUUCAUAAAGAAAAGAAAUGUAUGCAGUCAAGAUUUGGUCUGUUCUGACAGUUUUGUAUUUGUCAAUGGUUAUAAACUGCCAAGGAACUCUAAAGUUGUUGUUAUAGAUUUUAGGACUCAACAUCAAGAAAAUCUGUCAUGUUGUAAAGAUUUUCAGGUAUAUAAUAAUGACGUUAUAAAUAAAAAUCUAGUUAACUUAAAAAUAAGUGAAAAUGACAGUGAUCUGCCAAAAGAAGAUUACACUGAAAUUGAAUCAACAAACACAAUGAGCUGGUAUCAAUCUACUUAUGUUAUGAAAGGUUUCAGGGAUUGUACUGUCCGUGGUAGCUCUAUAACAAAUAAGUGGCUUGAGUUGUGA